AUGCAUUUUAUGGUGAGGAGAGGGGCCCCUGGCAGUCCAAGCCCCUCGCCUUGUUCCCUGAUCUCCCCUCAAUUAUUUAUGUGCCCCCUUUUCCAGAUCUUCAUCAAAGCAGCAAUUCUGCCUUUAAACCCUGCUUGCAGACAGACAGCCGGUCAAAGCCUGCCCUGCACCCCAGAUCCCCCCGGCAGCUCCAAGCCUGCCCUGCGCUCCAGAUCCCCCCGGCAGGUCCAAGGCUGCCCUGCACCCCAGAUCCCCGGCAGCUCCAAGCCUGCCCUGCGCUCCAGAUCCCCCCGGCAGGUCCAAGGCUGCCCUGCACCCCAGAUCCCCGGCAGCUCCAAGCCUGCCCUGCGCUCCAGAUCCCCCCGGCAGGUCCAAGGCUGCCCUGCACCCCAGAUCCCCGGCAGCUCCAAGCCUGCCCUGCGCUCCAGAUCCCCCCGGCAGGUCCAAGGCUGCCCUGCACCCCAGAUCCCCGGCAGCUCCAAGCCUGCCCUGCGCUCCAGAUCCCCCCGGCAGGUCCAAGGCUGCCCUGCACCCCAGAUCCCCGGCAGCUCCAAGCCUGCCCUGCGCUCCAGAUCCCCCCGGCAGGUCCAAGGCUGCCCUGCACCCCAGAUCCCCGGCAGCUCCAAGCCUGCCCUGCGCUCCAGAUCCCCCCGGCAGGUCCAAGGCUGCCCUGCACCCCAGAUCCCCGGCAGCUCCAAGCCUGCCCUGCGCUCCAGAUCCCCCCGGCAGGUCCAAGGCUGCCCUGCACCCCAGAUCCCCGGCAGCUCCAAGCCUGCCCUGCGCUCCAGAUCCCCCCGGCAGGUCCAAGGCUGCCCUGCACCCCAGAUCCCCGGCAGCUCCAAGCCUGCCCUGCGCUCCAGAUCCCCCCGGCAGGUCCAAGGCUGCCCUGCACCCCAGAUCCCCGGCAGCUCCAAGCCUGCCCUGCGCUCCAGAUCCCCCCGGCAGGUCCAAGGCUGCCCUGCACCCCAGAUCCCCGGCAGCUCCAAGCCUGCCCUGCGCUCCAGAUCCCCCCGGCAGGUCCAAGGCUGCCCUGCACCCCAGAUCCCCGGCAGCUCCAAGCCUGCCCUGCGCUCCAGAUCCCCCCGGCAGGUCCAAGGCUGCCCUGCACCCCAGAUCCCCGGCAGCUCCAAGCCUGCCCUGCGCUCCAGAUCCCCCCGGCAGGUCCAAGGCUGCCCUGCACCCCAGAUCCCCGGCAGCUCCAAGCCUGCCCUGCGCUCCAGAUCCCCCCGGCAGGUCCAAGGCUGCCCUGCACCCCAGAUCCCCGGCAGCUCCAAGCCUGCCCUGCGCUCCAGAUCCCCCCGGCAGGUCCAAGGCUGCCCUGCACCCCAGAUCCCCGGCAGCUCCAAGCCUGCCCUGCGCUCCAGAUCCCCCCGGCAGGUCCAAGGCUGCCCUGCACCCCAGAUCCCCGGCAGCUCCAAGCCUGCCCUGCGCUCCAGAUCCCCCCGGCAGGUCCAAGGCUGCCCUGCACCCCAGAUCCCCGGCAGCUCCAAGCCUGCCCUGCGCUCCAGAUCCCCCCGGCAGGUCCAAGGCUGCCCUGCACCCCAGAUCCCCGGCAGCUCCAAGCCUGCCCUGCGCUCCAGAUCCCCCCGGCAGGUCCAAGGCUGCCCUGCACCCCAGAUCCCCGGCAGCUCCAAGCCUGCCCUGCGCUCCAGAUCCCCCCGGCAGGUCCAAGGCUGCCCUGCACCCCAGAUCCCCGGCAGCUCCAAGCCUGCCCUGCGCUCCAGAUCCCCCCGGCAGGUCCAAGGCUGCCCUGCACCCCAGAUCCCCGGCAGCUCCAAGCCUGCCCUGCGCUCCAGAUCCCCCCGGCAGGUCCAAGGCUGCCCUGCACCCCAGAUCCCCGGCAGCUCCAAGCCUGCCCUGCGCUCCAGAUCCCCCCGGCAGGUCCAAGGCUGCCCUGCACCCCAGAUCCCCGGCAGCUCCAAGCCUGCCCUGCGCUCCAGAUCCCCCCGGCAGGUCCAAGGCUGCCCUGCACCCCAGAUCCCCGGCAGCUCCAAGCCUGCCCUGCGCCCCAGAUCCCCCCGGCAGCUCCAAGCCUGCCCUGCGCCCCAGAUCCCCCCGGCAGCUCCAAGCCUGCCCUGCUCCCCAGAUCCCCCCGGCAGCUCCAAGCCUGCCCUGCUCCCCCUGGCAGCUUCAAGCCUGCCCUGCGCCCCAGAUCCCCCCGGCAGAUUAAAGCUCAGCCUGACACAUCUCUGGCUGCGUUUGAGCAUGAUAUAG